CGCAUUCCCUUUGCCAUCCGUAAUAGCUGGCUUACUUACAGCUAUUGCAAAAAUAGGCUUCCCGACCCACACACCAAGUACACAGGAUUCCAGCAAAUCCACAAUCCAAACCGAAAAUGGCCCAACCAGGUUUUGACGAAGCCUCCAGUCUGGCUUUCAACUGAUUUGCGCGAUGGCAACCAAUCUCUCAUCAACCCUUUGACCAUUGAGCAAAAGUGGGAAUAUUUCCAGAUGCUCGUUGAAAUUGGUUACACCGAAAUCGAAGUAUGCUUUCCGGCCGCAUCCCAAGUCGAGUUCGAUUUUACGAGACGUCUGAUUGAGACGCCCAACAUCGUCCCUGACACUGUACGCCUGCGGGGUCUUUCUCCUACGCGAGAAGAUUUCUUGGCUCGCACCGUCGCCGCUCUCCGUGGCGCCAAAAGAGCGUCCGUUUGCACUUAUAUCUGCGUCAGUGACAAGCAGCUCAAAUACCAGGGCUUCACACGAGAGAGAGCACUCGAGCAGGCUGUUAGAUCUGUUCGAUAUCUGCGAUCUAUUACCAAAGAUGACCCGGAAUCGGCGGCUGUAACGGACUGGACCAUGGCUUUUGGCCUCGAGUCCUACAACGAAGCCGACCACGAAUACGCUGUGCAGAUCACUGAGGCUGUGAGAGAGGCCUGGGAGCCUACUGUGGAGGACCCUUUGGUCGUGGUUUUGGCCACUAGUACCGAGGUUGCUACUCCCAACGUGUUUGCAGACCAAGUCGAGACCUUCCGAGCCUCUCUGUCUGACCCCGAAAAGAUUUCUAUCUCAAUUCACACCCAUAACGACCGUGGAUGUGGUGUUGCUGCAGCUGAAUUGGGCAUGCUUGCAGGUGCUGACAUGGUCGAGGGAUGUCUGUUCGGCAACGGAGAACGCGCUGGCAAUGUUGAUCUCGUCACCCUGGCCCUUAACUUGUACUCGCGCGGCAUCCACCCCGGUCUCGACUUUUCAAAACUUUACGAGAUUAAGAGAAAGUAUGAGAAGCUCACUGGUUUGAUCGUGUCUCAGCGUAUGCCUUAUACUGGUGAGUUUGCGCUUCAAGCAUUCAGUGGCAGCCAUCAAAAUAUCAUCCGAAAGGGUAUUGCGCAACGAGUCGAGGCCGCCGAGAAGGGAAUUAGGCCGAUUUGGGACAUUCCAUACCUCCCUCUCGAUCCAGAAGACUUGGGCAUUCCUCUGGACACAAUCAUUCGGGUUAACUCACAAAGCGGCAAGGCUGCUGCGACCUGGAUUCUCAACAGGCGUUGGGGCCUUGACAUACCCGUCGAGCUUCAGAUCAACUUUGGAGGCCGAGUCCAGAUGAUGUGCGAGGCCCUUGCGCGAGAGAUCUCCCACCAGGAGGUUAUCAACCUCUUCAUUGCCAGCUACGCACUUAUGCCAAGUGAGAAGUACGAUAGUGCCUCCAACAUCGGCAACAUUUCUGUUACUAGCGAUGGCACAUUGCAAACUGUUGUCGGAAUGAUCAAUCCUGCCGACAGCUUCGCCAUUCGUGUCGAUGGAACUGGACCUGACAUUGCCUCCGCCGUUGUUAGGGGCUUGCACUUCAUGAAGGACGUUAACGCCAUGGCCAAAAUUCAUCAUACCCAGCAGCUGUCUGAGCGGUUCGAUGGGAAGUACUGCGUCCUGGCAACCUGCGUGGAGGAGGAUAAGACCACAUGGGGAUACUUCAUCGAUGAAAACGAGGAGAAUGCCCAGGCAAUGGCGGUUGUUUCGGCGUCAUUGCACAUGUACCGUCGCAAAUUGUCAACCCUGCCGCUCAAGAAGCAAAACACUAUGGCCAAAAUCGCAGCCUCAAGUGUAACCCAGACAGCGGCAACAGCUUAA